GAAAAAAGUUCUGGGUUAGCUGGAAUGCCAAAAAAGAAAAUAUGCAGCUAAUUUCUCACGUAGCUUUGCUGGCAGUGGAAAUAUUGGGGAUAUUGAUGAGAAGACUGGGGCCUGUCGUUGUUAUUGAAAGCAUUUUUCGUCUUGGACGUGUGCUAUAUAAGAAGCAGACCGGCCCCAAUGUCUUCCUGUUCCUCGUUAUAUAUACAAGCAAACAAUGAAGCUCAAAAGCGUCAUCGUGGGCUUGCUGCUCUCCACAGCAACUUCCGCACUAGCUGCAGCAGCGGAUCUGGCGUGUUCGGAGGAUGCCGUAGCUGCUUACACCUCUACGGAAAACACCGCUUCCACACUCCAGGGAUUAAUUGAUGAAGCUGCACUUUCAGGCGAUCCCGUUGUAAACCUUUUUCCUGGCCAAUUCAUCUUGUCUGCCGAUGAGCCCGUUCAAUUGAAGCCAGGCGUAUCACUGCAUGCUACUGGAUUUGGUGAGAAUCCAACAAUUCUUACUGGUCCUAAGGAAGCCAACCUGACAGCAACCAUUAAAGUUCCGGCCAAGAAUAAAGGGUGGUCCAUCAAGGGCAUCGUUUUUGACAACGUCAAUAUUGAAAUCGAACCUCAUACCAACGGUGACGAAAGUAGUGUCCUGGGUAACCUCUUUUUGAACGGCGGCCGUGGAUCCAUCAUCUCAUACAGCGGCGAGAAUCUUUACAUCGAUGGCAACGUCUUUUUGCGUGAUUUUGAGCACCGUGGCACGGUAUUGAUCCCCAAGAAUGAUACCACCAAUGCUGGCGUCGUGUUCCAAACGCAAAAAAGCAGUGUUGUUUCCAACAACAUCUUUGGCAUGGAUCUACGCCACCUCGACGAUGUCUAUCCUCACGUUGCACCCCAAGUCCAAACUGUUCUCACCUCGCUUCGCUUUGUCCAACAGUGCCUUGGCCGAGACCUAGACGACCAGCAAGGCUUUUUAGCCUCGGGCGUGCAAAUGUACUUUAGCAACGACAUUACGAUCAGAGAAAACAUUCUGAACGGCACGUUGCCUGACACGAUCACGUAUGGUCAAGACCACGCGAUCAGCAUUGUGGGCAGCAACCAAACGUACAUUUAUCAGAACUUUUUCGGCGGAUGGCAGAUUGGUGACUUUGGUGGCGCGACCCGAUUCACUUCGGCUGUGGAUGCCUUUGUCGUCUCCAACUACCUGGCCAACAAUGCAGUCAUGAUGUAUGCAGCCGUGCACGCCGACUUUAUGCAGGUCAGCAACAUGGUGGUCCACAAUAACUUUUUCUACAAGUUUUUGGGCGAGCAGGUCGCAACCAAAGACAAGGAAUUGGAUGGCUGGCUGUAUGAGGGCGUCACCUUCUUUGACUUUUACACCGCCCGUUUGAAUUAUACCAUCCGUCCGCCUAUCUGGAACAGCAGUGUGCCGAUCUCACCCUGGGGCUGGCAUAUCGUGGUCUCGGACAACAAGUUUGGUGCUGCUGACGGAUUGGACCCCAACGUCAUCAGCUUGGGCAACCUGGACUUGGAGGAUGCAUUGGUCGACAGAAAGAACUGCUAUGUGACCGACCCAUUGGUGCCUGGAUCAUCCGAAGGUGCCACUGUCCCUAUCGUGUGGCGACAGACGUUCGAGCCCGGUAUCUUUACUCGCUAUGGUGGCAAGGUGCCCAAGCACUUUGAUAUUCAUACAGACAAGGAUCUGAUGGGUAACACGCCUGCGCAUUUGCGUAAUUUGCCAAUCCCGUCAUUCUGGAAGGCCUUUACCCUUGCCAAUGAUACCAUUCCUAUGAUGGACCCUUCUGCAGCAUGCAUUGCAUGAUUCUAUUUAAAUUAAGCCACAUUUUCAAAAAU